UUGUCCGCCUGUGCCGGCAGUUACGAUCGCGAGGCGGUGUGGAGCAUUACAAUCGAUUUUGUAGUUGAAAUCUUGUGUGCUCAACGUUUUAAACGUGUCUCGCAUGCGCGCGUUUCAACGUUACGUUCCGCGUGAAUCGAAGUUUCAGUUUAUCACUUGUUUUAUCAUAAAAAUUAACGGUAGUAAAAACUCAAUUAAAUUGCCGCCAUUUUGUUAAGUGUUUUCGAGUGUCCGUGUGUUGUGUUUUUGUUUUUCGUAACCAUUUGUUUUUGUGCUCCAACCGAUUCCGUGGAUUUACUGACAAUGCGAAACGAUAGUAUCGCUGUUCGGGUGUGACCGUCGUCGUCAGGACUGAAAGGCUGCUCCAUUGUUCAACAAUUUCGGGAGGAGUUGAGCUUGAAAAUCAGUCAGUUGGCCCCGUUAUCAGAGAAGAUAAUAUCUCCGGCACCUCUUUCUCAGGUCAAACUUGAUUCGAAUUGGGAUCGACGACUCGAAGAAUUCUAAGUUCCUUCGAAAAGCGCAAUUUUCAAAGCUCCCAAGACUAUUGAACGUGCCGCAUUUGCUCUAGUUUUUUUUUGUAAUCUAUUCACGGAUCCUCGACCUUGGCCGAGUUUUUUUUUUAACGUCGCGAAUCUUUUUCCGGGAACGACGUCGGGCAGUUUUUCCUUUUUUUUGUCCGUUACCGAAAAAAUAAAUAUUGCGAUUCCUCAGGCUUAUUCGAGCGUUGAGAGGCUUUCGUUCACCGGAGUGACGUCACAAACGAUCGUACGUACGGACGUGGGUGGAUUCGGGGUCGCGACUUCUCGCGGUUCGAGUGAAAGUGUAGGAUGCUUUUCAAAGCCGGUGAAUUACCGGUUCCUGUCAUGCUCGAUCCUUAAUUUAUUGCGAUCGAGCUCGUUCCACUUCUCGUCUUUGCAACUUAUUCGUUUAAAAUUCCAUCUGCGAAUAGUGCACGACCUCGGGAGAAAAAUGAUUUUUAUAUUCGCCGAAAAACAUCGGGAUUGUAGACUUUUUUAAAUAAACCGUUGUGCUCUAUAAAAAUCGCGCUAUGUUUGAUCUGAGAGUGAAAAUAAACCGCCGUGGCGAAGGAUCUGUGAACACGAGUCGACGCAUCCGCUUCUGCCGUUGCUGCCAGGACGAAUAAUAGUCGGGAGGCUAUUAUGACGGAAUAUUUGGAUCCGCACUUUAUCCGGGCACUCUGCCGUGAUCCAGACAGACGAACACUCCAGGAUCUGCAAAUCAUCUAUUACGGACUCCUGGGUCUCGAGGCAUUACGACCCUGUCGAGAUUCCGUUUUACGAGGACUCUGCAAAGUCGUACGUUAUGAAAGACAUUACGCGAAUCAUGUUCUCUACUACACCGGAGAAUUGGCCAAUUGCUGGUACAUCCUCCUGUCAGGCUCCGUUUUCAUCGAUGGCUCGAUGUUCCUGCCCCGUUCAAGCUUCGGCAAACGGACGGGCGGUAGCGCCAGGAGACCCAACGAAUGCUUCGUGCUUGAACCUUCCGACAUGAUAGUUAUCGGCUAUCCAGAACUUCACAGGAUGCAUCGGCCUCCGCACCCCGAUUUCAUCACGGACCGUCAGGUCAACCGGGUCUUCGACGACACGUUUACACAGGGCCUGACCGGAAGGCCAGAGCUGUAUUUAAAGUCGAACAGGAGUAGUCAUUCGAGUGACACAAGUUCGGCUUACAGCGGUUCUGAUACGAUGACUUCCGCACAGGGAUCACUCGACGCGGAUGCUGACGAAGUCGAUCUAUCGGGCCUCGUCGAAUCCAUCGUCGACAGCGAUGAGGAAGAGGAUCUCGCCGAAAGCAUGGACAGUUUGAAUGUUCGUGACACGGUGAGAGAGUGCCUGGAGAAAGAUCCGGCUGAGAGAACCGAGGACGACAUUGAAAUACUUCUCGAGUUCACACAGCAUCUCAAAGCAUUCACGAAUAUGACACUAGCGGUGAGACGAGCACUUUGCGCCGUAAUGGUAUUCGCCGUCGUCGAACACGCCGGUAUGAUUGUUCUCAAUGAUGGCGAGGAAUUGGACAGUUGGAGCGUUUUGAUAAACGGCGCUGUCGAAGUCGAGCACACCAAUGGAGAAAUCGAACAAUUGCAUCUUGGCGAUAGUUUUGGCAUUUUACCUACUAUGGAAAGGCUACUUCAUCGCGGAGUCAUGAAAACGAAAGUCGACGAUUGUCAAUUCGUGUGCGUGACGCAAGCGGAUUACUUCAGAAUUCAGCAUCAGGGUGAGGAGAAUACGAGGCGGCACGAAGAAAAUGGCAGGGUCGUGUUGGUCACGGAAUCGCGAGGUGCCGUUGACGGAGGUACGCGGCGUGGUCACGUCGUAAUACGCGGAAGUCCAGAGCGUCUGAUGUUACAACUGAUCGAAGAAAAUAGCAUCACUGAUCCGACAUACGUCGAAGAUUUUUUGCUAACCCAUCGAACCUUCAUCGAUAGCCCAUUGUUAGUCGCUAAUCAACUUCUCGAAUGGUUCGAUCAGACGCAAAUCAGAGAUCGCGUUGCCCGAGUCGUUUUGCUCUGGGUCAACAAUCACUUUACCGACUUCGAGACAGACCCGACGAUGAUGGAAUUUCUUGAGGCUUUUGAAACUGGCCUCGAAAGAGAAAAAAUGCAGGGACAACAAAGACUACUGAAUAUUGCAUGCGCAGCAAAAGCGAGGACGCGAAACGUAACGUUAGCGAGGCCGAGCAGGGACGAAGUCUUACACUUUAGUAUUCUCGGCGGUUACGAGACAGGCUUCGGGAUAUUUAUCUCAAAAGUUGACAAACGCUCUAAAGCCGAGGAUGUUGGAUUAAAACGAGGCGAUCAAAUAUUGGAAGUUAACGGGCAAAGUUUCGAAUACGUCAGUCAUGCGAGAGCACUCGAAAUAUUGAGAGGAUCGACGCAUCUCAGUAUAACCGUGAAAUCUAAUUUAUUAGCUUUUAAAGAAAUGCUCCAAAUGCCAGAAAAUUCGCCUCGACCCCGUGGCAGAGCGAGCAAACCUGAAAUUCCGCGACCACAGACGGAUCCUCGGGCGAGACUAUCGACCCACGUCGAUCCUUUGACUCCUCUGGUUGGCGGAGUUCCACUUUUGUUGCCCGAAAGUAACGUGUCGCCUUGCAAGGACGGUAGCAAAAAGGAGCAUAAGGGUUUUAUGACUCUCGGUCCUAAGAGACGGUUGCAGAAAGCUCUCAUGAAAAUGAAUAUUUUGCCAAAGAACACCAUCAAUGACGGCGUUCACGUUGACGAUCCGUUAGCUCCUCCUCACACACCACCGGGUACAGGUCUUACUCAAACAACGACGAAUCUCUACCAUUCGAGAAGCAAUCCAGAUUUGACGUCGCUUUAUUGCUACGAUGAUCUCAGAGCUCCAGACCAUCCGGAACAUGUCCUUAAGGUCUACAAAGCCGAUCAGACGUGCAAGUACCUUCUCGUUCACAAAGAAACGACGUCGCACGAGGUGGUUAUGCUCGCUCUCCAAGAAUUCGGGAUUACGGAAAGCAGCUCGAAUUUUUCACUCGCUGAAGUGAGCGUCGGUGACGGUGGUAUGAUAAAGCAGCGAAGAUUGCCCGAUCAGUUGCAAAACCUUGCUGAAAGAAUAGGCCUGAGCUCGCGUUAUUAUCUUAAAACAAAUGGCGUUUCCGAGACCCUCGUUGCUGACGAACAAGCGCCUGAGCUAAUACGCGAGUCGCAGGUGCAUUUUUUGCAGCUUAACGCCGUCGAAGUUGCUAUCCAACUGACACUUCAGGACUUUAGUAUAUUCAGACAAAUCGAAUCUACGGAAUACGUGGACGACUUGUUCGAGCUGAAGAGUAGGUACGGCGUACCUAUGCUUAGCCAGUUCGCGGAGCUAGUCAACAGAGAAAUGUUUUGGGUCGUCACGGAGGUUUGCUCGGAGCACAAUCUUGUCAGGCGGAGCAAAAUCAUCAAGCAAUUUAUUAAAAUAGCUCGUCAGUGUAAGGAGUGCAAAAACUUCAACUCGAUGUUCGCGAUCGUGUCGGGUUUAGGCCACGGUGCAGUAUCAAGGUUAAGGGCGUCGUGGGAAAAAUUGCCGAGCAAGUAUCAACGAUUGUUCAGCGAUUUGCAAGAACUCAUGGAUCCUAGUCGUAACAUGAGUAAAUAUCGUCAGCUCGUUAUCUCCGAACAAACUCAACCGCCAAUCAUUCCAUUUUAUCCCGUCGUGAAGAAAGACUUGACUUUUAUUCACCUCGGCAAUGACUCAAGAGUCGAGAGUUUAGUGAAUUUUGAAAAAUUACGAAUGAUCGCGAAAGAGGUCAGGACUCUUACAAACAUGUGUUCGUCACCGUACGAUUUAUUGACGAUGCUCGAGCGUGGCGGACAGCCACCAAGCUCAGCGAUGGUUGCGCUAAAUCAGAUGACGACGGGCAAUCAAGGUGGCCAAACAGCGACGGUUAAGCGUCGGAAGAAAUCGACAGCCGCGCCGAAUCCUAAAAAAAUGUUUGAGGAGGCACAAAUGGUGAGGCGAGUCAAGGCUUAUCUCGCAAACAUGAAGGUUAUCACAGACGAGGAACGGUUGCACGCUCUCUCGGUCGAUUGCGAACCUCAUGCCGGUGCUGUUGCGAUCGCCGCUGCUGUUCCACUCGGUGGUAGUCGAGGGAGACGUCAUCCAUCGCCCACGUUGUCGACCACGAGUAGUGCCAGCAGUACAAGUACAAAAUUCGGGGCAGCCUCGCCUCAAGCAGUGAGAAAGAUGUUGGCACUCUCGGAUCCGCACAAAACACGACCUUACCAGCCAAAACACUGUCCACCAGCGCUUCCGGUGCCAGGUUUGGCGUUGCACGCUGGCGGUCUCGAGCCUAGUCCCGGCGCACCGAGACGAGUAGGCUCAGGUAGUAGAGUACCGAUGCACGAGAGAUCCCACAGUGAUACGCCAUCCGGAUUGCCACCGCCUGUCGAUCUCAGUGCUGAAAGUAGCAGCGUCACGAGUCUGAGUAAUCUUCAACCACUGCGAAAAACUCUCACCAGCGGUUCGGUGACGAGCAGUGACAGUGGUCACAGUACUCAACUGGACAGCCACAGUGGAAGCAGCGUAGAAGCCGGUGGAAGUCCACCCCCGCCCCAGAGGAGGCAUUCCGCGAUGCAAGGUAUCGGAGGACCACCAACGGGGAUGUUAAUGGGACCGGGAAUAUCCUCCUUUCCACUUCAACCCGGAUUAAUGACGACACAUGUUAUGUCGACGAGUAACACGAUGACGCAGAUUCGUUCCGGUGCAAUCGGUUCAACGCAAUGUCGUCAACCACCGGCUUACAAAGUUGCUGCCCAGAUGGCGAGAUUACACAGGCUAGGUCGUGCCCACAGCCACGAAGGAGUCACGUCGUAUCGGACUGAUCACGAAGAUGACGACGAGGAUGCCCAAGUCUCAGCAGUUUAAGGAAAAGUAAAUUAAGUGACGAUGGAAGAAAGAUAAAAAAAAAUACAGUUCCACGUGAAAACGUCCGUGCAACGAGGCUCGGCCGUCCUUUAGUUGCAGUUUAUGCAGGUUUUAAAUGAUUUUUUCCUUUGAUUCUUCAUUCCAAUCGAAAUAUCUGAAUGACAGAAGAGCGAGCGUAAAACAAGGAUAAACGCGCCUCGUAAACAGCCUCGGAGGAAAAUCUCGAAACUGAAAAACAAAAUAAUUUCAGCGUUUCUCAAUCGUGCUUCCUUUCUUACGAAUUGCUAGUUCGCCCAACACACGUAGAGUGUAUGCUAUUCUAUUACUGGACAUCGUAGGGGCACAAUGAUACACGCGAGAAAGAAAAAGACUCAUCGUUUGGAAGAUAUGUAAAGCGAUAGAAAAACAAAAUCACUUAUUAUUCAGCUCUACUCGAAAAGAUUUUCAUUUUUGACAAGAUUAAAUGAUCGUCGGUAAUGAAUAAGAUGGUGUAGAGCGUGAGAUAACGGGAAUGGAGAAACGUACGUGCCCGGUAGUGCGGUGAGCACUAUUGACGAUUCUCGAGGCCAAAAUCCUGAGCUAUGAAAUCAUGCAUCAGCCAGGAAAUUAAUAAAACAAAGAAUGAAACGGAACAAAACGAAAGAAAGAAAGAAAGAAAGAAAGAAAGAAAGAAAGAAAGACAAAAAGAAACUAAAUAAUCGCGAGUCGAUAGUGCGAUUAAUUUAAAUUAAUCUAUAUAAAUGUGUAAUAAAAAAAAACGAGCCCAAAGAUGUUAUAUAUAUAAAUAUAUAUAAAUCGUGUAUCCGUCGAAUACGUUUUCAACGGCGAAAUCUGUAUUAUAUUAAUUUUAGUCUAGCCUCUGAAAGCUCCGUAGCUACGUAAGUUGGUGUAAAUAGCUUAGAGCGCGUUUAGUUUUUAAAGGAAAACAAGAAAGGGAGUAAGAAAACGCAGAAAAGGAAGGAAGAAGCUGAUUAGAGUAUUGUAGGACUUUACAAACGGGGCGAGAUGAAUCACCCCUAGCACGGAGGCGAUGCGUCAAAACUUCACUUCUUUUAUGUUUUAUUGUUAUUUUUCUUCGGUAUUUAGCACGUUGGUUUGGGCCGCGUGACGGAUCUUACGGAGAAUACAUUUACAGCCAAACGUUUUAUUGAAAGAAAAAUUCAGUACUGAGCGAUUGAGUUUUGAAAAAUCUGCAAGAAUCAAGUUUAUACGAAUAUUGAAGUCUAAUGAUUUCUGCCAAAAAAUUUACUCCGUGAGCAAUCAUCAAUCUAUGCAAAAGUGUUUCCAUUCACUAUCAAACAUUCUUCGAAUCAUUGUAUUUUUUUUUAUAUAUCCGAUCGGAUAAAAUUUGUGACCGUGAAUGCAUGUAUGAAUAUCGUUGAAUCGACAAAUAAUCGAGACUCGAAUGAGCAAAGAAGGAAUUCAUCAAGCACUAAAACGACACGAGGAUGAUGACGGUACAAUAAUUUUUUUUUCUGUUUCGGUGAUAAAAGGGCCUAAAGCUUCUCUCACCCUGAUCCAGUGUCUGCUUACUGCUGUUAUUGAAUAAUUUGACGAGUUUGUUAAAUGUCCGUUGGAGAAGGAAAAAAGGCGAGAAGGAAAAAUAUCAUUCACUCAUCAUUGAAAUCGUGCACGUAAAAAGUAAUAUAUAUACAUAAAUCUAUAUAUAUACAUAUAUACACACAAAUAAAUAUAUCAUCGAACUAUAUCAUUCGUCUGCGAUCUCGAACCGUGCGACAUACGGUCUUGACGAUAUAACCGAGAAUAAAGAAAUUUUUAUGUUUAUUUUAUCAACACUUGGAUUAAUUUGUGCGAUACGAGGGAGAUUUAGAGAGAAAAAAAAUUAGAGAACAAAGAGAAACGAUAUACGAAAAAUUGUACUACUCGGCUGUAUGCGCGCCCUUUCGAUCAACACCUCCGAUCAAUAUCGAUUCUGUAAUAAUCGAUUUUCAUUCGGGAUUGUUGUCGCGUAUUGUACAAACGUAAAUCUUAUAGAUAUUUAUUUGUGUGUGUUUAUAAGAUUCAUGUUUGUAUAUAAUAUAUAUCUCCUUUUGUACAUAUCCUGCAAUCCCCUCUUAAAUAUUGCACUCGAACAAUUUCUCGAGGCAUUUCUUUGACUCGAAUUUUUUCUCCUUUCCUCUCCCCCCGCCCCGUCCAUCGCGAGAGAUCAUCGUGAGUUACGAAAGGAAAAGAAAGACAAAAAAUGUAGUCAAAAAUAGAAGAGGGUAUUGAGCUUCUCGAGUAUGAUAACGAAAAAUUGUACUGAAAUUUAAGACUCGUUUUUUUUCGUAUUGAGAAUGAAGUUUUUUUCACAUCAAAUUAAAAGCGACGUGCACUCUCGAACGGUUGCAAUUUUGUAUUUUUCGUUUAUUCAAAAAUGUUGCUACCCGAAUCCAUUCCAAAUGCAUUUAUCUAUUUUUAAUCCUACGAAAGUCUUUUUUUGAACCGGAAGUGUGCGUUUUAUGAAAUUGUUUUGCGCAUUCGCACCAAACGAAUCUCAUCUUCGAUUAAUCUCCAAGUCAAUCGCUAGAACAACACGUGUAUCUUCCUCGAAAUUGAUUCCUCUAUUUUUUAUACUACUCUAUCGAUUCUCGCCGGAAGCGGGAUUUAUUCAUUUUCUCUAUUUUUUCAUGCAUCGCCAAACAAUCACGCUACAAGCGUGUCCGAGUCACUUUCACCCCCUUCGUGUCAUGCUUCGAUUGGUUUCAUCUCGGUUGUGUAUAUACGUAUAUAGUUUUUUCAACACUCAAAUUGAAACGAGAAGCUGUCGUGUCAUUAUUUUACCCCACCUUCGUCACCUUUUUAUAUCCUCUCUCUUUUCAUUCCUUUUCUCUCACCUCGAGAGUAAUCAAAAUUCAAAAAUACUCUCGUAAUUGAGAAUCGAAGAUGCGAUCCACGCAUGGUCCGCCAGUUAUUUAUUCCCUUUACAAACCUCAUUCACUCCAAUUUUUCUCUCUCGACGAGCCUGUAAAAGUAAAAUCGUGUAAAAACAUUGGUACUCUCUCGUAAAAAGGUGCUGCUCGAGUGCGCUCGCCGAUCGAGAACCGUGAAUCGUGCUUUGAAAGGAAAAUAAAACAAAGUAACGAAACGUCUGUGAACGAUCAUUAGGAUCGGAAACUUGAAAAUAGAAAACGUGAAAGAAAAUGCGAAUAUUUUCUUUGACAGCGAAACGAGAAUUGCAGCUCUCGAAAGGAAAGAAUGAAAGCGAAUGUACGCGGACAUCAGGAACGAGAAGAAAAAUGAAAGAAAAAGGAAAAUUUAUAGUUAUUUUGAUAGCCAGUAUUCUCUGGUGCGUUUGUCUCUCUCUUAUUUCAUUUUUUUCCCUCAAAACUGGUGAAAGCUCGUAGCAAAGCGACGAAUAAUGUUUUUAGGAAAUUAUCUACCAACAGAUCAUGUACAAGACAUCUCCCUGCCCCGAACCUCGUCCCUCUUUCUACACGUUUUUUUUUUAUUAUUUAUAUUUGCCUAUCGUUUUUAAUUAUUUAUAACUGAAUCUUGCGACCAAGACGAUGACAGCGGGAAACAAAUUUGAGAGAAAAGUUAAAUGAAGACAAGAGUAGGAAAAAAGAAACAGAAGAGAUUGAAACGAAACCUUUUGUAUUUUAUUUGUUUAAUAAAAACUCGAAUCAUAGUACAAAACUGGAUUUAUUUGUUUGUUUUUCGUUCGUUCUUACGCUGCUUAGAAAUCCUCGAACCUUUGAUAUCUGUGGGAAAAAAUGGUUUAAACAUCAUCUUUGUCAUUAAAUUUCACCAUGGACCUUCCCUACAUUAUUAUUCGAAGAAAAUGGGAAACAAUAACAUUAUUUUUUGAUAAAUGCAGUUUGACAUUAAAAAAAAAUAAAAUUUACUAACCAUGUUUUUAUGAUUUUAAACUGUUUUUACCCGCUAUAUUUCCAUGUGUGCAAACAAUUCCUCAGCAAUUUAUAAUUGGCAUUAUUAUUUCGGUUUUUAUUGUUUCACCGGGUUGAGGAAAACUGCAAACCGCACCCGUGGUCCGCGUCAUCCGAUCUGUACUGAUUUAACCAUUUGAGUAUUUCGUGCCAUAAACAAGACUAUGAGAAUUAUAAUUGUGGUAGAGCCAUUGUUACGACUUAUUCCCAUGUAAAAAAUUGGAAUGGAAUGACCUUCCAGGCAACUGCGAUCAACAAGUUGAUUUUCAUGCAAAUCACUAACCAUUCCAAUUUCCACAUCAAAUGUGAAUAAUUAAUCGAAAAAAAAGAUUUUUUUUUUUCCCAUUCUACAAUUGGAAGCGAAAUGAAAUUCGCAUUUAUUGACGUUUCGAUCUCCAAGUUUGUACGAAAAACCACUCGAACCCGAAACUCAGUGCGCCAGAAACGUUUCUAAAAUUUGAUUUUCUUUCUCAUUUUCAAAUUUAUUAUUGUUACGUUGAAAUGUUUUUUUGUUGUCCAAAUGUUCGUUGCCUUCGACCAACGACUGUGAUUGCGCAGGCGAUAGUAGAGAAACGUUGUAACGAAUUUUUGUUUACCUACCACUAAAUUAGAGAAUCGUGUGUGCGUAUAUGAAGGAGAAGAGUAAAAACGAUGGGAUUAACUAUAUUUUGUACGGUGAACAUACAAAAAUUAAGAAAAAAAAAAUACACGUGUUUUUGUAUAUCUCUUGCUGUCUACUACCAUCUAGAAUUAGAAAAAUGUCUCGCUCUCAUUACACCUAUGACAAAUACGAUAAACAAAAAUGUCAAAUCGAAGAAAGGAGAAGACUAAAUAAAACACUAUCCUUUGUGCUCUUUUAGUCAUCGUAUUUAUCGUAUAUAUCGCAAAUUGGGCCUUUAUAGAGGUGACCCUGAACGACUUAUCUCAAUGUGUACACUCUUUCGGUAAUUCCUCGAAUAAUAUAUCUCUCGCUAGAGGAGUCAAAAAGA